AAUAUUUCUCCGAGGCAAUCCAGGUUCCUCGGGCGGAAAUUUAUUCUUCCAUACUGCUUGCAUUCCCAUGGCGGGCAUGAGAUCAUUCAGCAGCGGCUCUUCGCGAGCUUGUAUCAGGUGCUCUGGCAGGAAGAGGAAGUGUGAUAGGGUUCGACCGGCCUGCGGAGAAUGCGUCGCUUCGAAACACAUCUGCGAAUACUCCUCUUCAGAUCGGAGACGCGGUCCGCCAGCUGGUCAAGCCAGAGCAAUCGAAGCUAGAGUCAAGGAUUGCGAACGAGUCAUCUGGCAUCUUCUUCAGCUCGAGGGGGUGAUCCAGGCUCUUAAAUCGCAAGAUGCAAAUGGGGAGACAUUGUCAGGUUGUCCUCUGCAUCGUCAUCAUCGUUUGACAUCGGAGUAUUUCUCGACACACCCGCUUCAAACGCCGAGCGACUUGCGCCAAUUCUAUCAGGCAUGUCUCAACGCUCCCCAGGGGGAAUCUGAACGCGGAGCCAGGUUGAGCCCAGAUUUCGAAAGAUCAAGGGCUAGCUCUGCUUUCAAUCAGCUUGACAGACCCGUUCUUGAACAUCAUCCCCAAAUCUCAAAUGGACACCUAUCAACGGAAGAUUUCCCUGGAAUACAAUGUAUAGAUCACAGCCCUCCGACCCACUGCUGCAACGAUGAUCUUCCGAGUGUGUUGAGGCCCUUGUCAGACCGUCAGACAUUCCAAUGGCCGACUAUGACGGUGCCUCAUACAGGCAGAUCUCACUGGACGCGCUCAAGCCCACAGUCUCCCGCUCGUCCAUUUCCAGGGACGACAACACCGCUCCAGGCUAUGGACUACACAGCUGGCAGAUAUGAUCUGAGUAUUGGUUCAUCUCUCAACGGCAUCAUUCAAACAAGUGGACCUGGAAUUGUAGAACCGUCAGGCCUUCAAACCGACAAUUUCGCCUCGACACUGCAGAUCAGACGGUACGACGGUUCAAGCGCUGACAACAAUGCACUGUGCAACGAGGAUCCGGAGAUCUACUGGUAGACUGGACUGUGGGCAUUUUGCAUGCAGCCUCCUCUUACGUGACAUGAAUCAGUUUAUGUCGCAGUUGACCAGCGUCAGAGGUAUCUCGGAUCUAUUCAACGUCUGCCGGAUGCCUUUGCACAUGUUGCGGACUUUCAAAACCGCGGGCGGGCUUGUUAUCCUUCGAGUCACACCUUUGCGGAGAAAGCGGAGAAACCUUUUCCCGCGAAAAGAGCAUCGGAUCCUUGCUCCGAUCUCGAGACAACGGUCUUGCAAACUCAAGCAGGACAGGAAUGUCGGACAAAUGUCAAAAGAGCUGCAUGCAUUCCUCAUUUCAUCUGCAUCUAGCAAAGCGACUUG